AGGGACUUCCUUUACUAAUUUAACCUCUUCAUAAAUGUACAGCAGUUAAAAACAAAAUGGGGAGGUACUAGCAACUAUCUGAUUCUAAGACAUCACAAUUACACUUCUAUAUGGAUAAAGUUGGGAUGCACUCUGGUUUCUCCUUUCUCAUUAUCAGUCUCUCCGAACACUUAAAAAAAAAAUAUUUAGUUGACACUACAAUCAAACGUGUCAACGAGCUAAAUGUUGCCCAUCUUGUAAAGAAAAAAAAGGAGAACUUCACCCAAGUGGCAAGUGCAUGCAAUUGAAUCAAUCUUUGUCUGACUGAAUCUGCUAAACCACAGAUUGUAUGUGGCCCUUAAGCAGUUCACUGAAAAACCGUGGUAAAAAAGCAACCAGAUUCUGAGUAAACAGCAAGCACGUUGGUCGGUUGGCAGAAAAGCCAGAGGGGAUAUAUCACCUUACAGUAAAUUACAAAUAGACAACAAAGAGGUUACUUUCCAAGUACUUUCCACAAAGUAGUGUUAGUAAAUGACACAAAAUGAAUAAAUAUAACGUAAUAAACGUGUGGAAUAAAGAACUGUAUGGAAAAUAGGUGAAUAUGAUUCUCGAGCUGCUUUAAAAUGGUCAUUCUUUAUUAGAGGCCACAUCAUGUUGCUGUACAGGAGGUGUUAGUUUCAUCAAAGUUCCACGUUGUUACAUCAUUUCUUUUUUUGUAGUAAUUUAAGAUACAUAAAUGAAAAAGACGUGUACUGUACAUAAGACGGCUGAACUUGUGGUUGUCUUAUUCGGCUGGGCCACGAUUUGAAUGUUCGCAAGCAACCACUAGAAACUCCCCAGGCUAUAUUAAGAAGUCACACUGACUCAGACUUCAACAAGGGAAACUUCCCCUCCAUCCGCUCCCAAGUGGGGUCACAUGACGGCUGCACAGGCUGAAUGUAAAUAAUGUAUGUGGCGGUCUGCGGGGUGAUGUGUUGUACACCUGCUCUUUCCCCCACUGUGCACACAGAUACAAUAUCAUAGGCAAUCCCCACAGACAGCCUGUCAAGUGGAAUCCAAUCCAGGCGCUUGCUUACUCUUUCAUGAGGGAAACUUGGAUGCAUGUGUAUAGGUUUGUACAGUGGGUUCAGAACUCACAAUAAAUAGCCACCCCUUGCGCACUGGUGAACUUUUCUUUUCAGAGUAAUACAGUGUUCUUUCUCCGUAUCUGUUUUCAUAGACUUAAAAUUUGGCGAUUAGCAACAUUACUGAAAUUGCAGCUGUAGUGACUGAUUUGCAGUAAUUCACUAGCUCAGUGGAACAAGUGAAAGUGACACCUGCAUUUCUCUCUAAAAUGGGUCUCACAGUUUUGUCAUGAGACAGUGACCCACGUUGCCUGUAGCAUUUUGAUUUUGGGCUUGGCUGUGCACAAAAACGAAAGAACAAUUUUGGGGCGUGGGGAGGGGGUUGCCCCUGGGAUAUGACCUUCAUAGAUAAAAUAAUCAUGCAAACAAGAUUUAUAGCUACAUUGGAUAGAGAUAGAUUUGACACAAGGCUAUAAAGAAGGCUUAAAUUUCAUACUUCACUUAUUUAAAAACAAAAAGAAACAGAAAAGGGCAUAACUAAAAGAAACCGUGAGAAGACAAACAGAGAAAGAGGAAGGAAGGGGUGCGAGACAUGGGGAGUGCUCCACAACAAUGGGCAUCUUUAAAUAAAGCUUCAGAAGAUAUAUUUAUGACCACCGCCCAAUAGAAAUAAUGUUACACAGUUGCAAACAAUAAUCGUGGCAGCAGUAGUGCUACUACAUGUUAAAUAAUGACAAUCAUCUACCAUUUCAAAAUACAGCUGGUAAAAUUGGGUAUUAUUUUAAGGCAGAAAGCUGAAAAUAGUUGUUGUAAGCAGCAGACAACUGGCAGAAUUGAAACUUAAGGAUUAAGUUGGAGGCGCUGUGACACAGUUCCUGCUUGUUGGGAGGGGGGGGGGGAAUUGUCCUUUACUCCAUUGCAGUGGUGUUAAGAGGCUGACGGAACUUUGUUGUGAAGGAAGGAGAAGGAGGAAAAAUAGCUUUAUGACAACACUGUACGUCCUGCUUCCUGUGUUUGUCUCUGCCCAUUAUGGACUUCCUGUAUGGAGGGAAAAGAAAACAUGGAAACGUAGAGACAAGGAGAGUAUCGAGUCAUGAGAGAAAGGGACUUCUAAAAUACUAAGUAGCAUUGAAGAAGAAAGAAGCAUGUGUAUUAAAGAUAAUGGCUGGGACAGAUCAUGAGCAAUGGAAUUUAAAUUAUAACUGAAAUAAAGUUCUUGCUUCUUAUCACAACGUUUCCUCAGGAACUGAAGCUUCGGCAAUGUUGGCCAACGAUUCCUAUCUUAUCUUCAAAGCUGCCUGGCAGUCAAGUUUUUACUUUGACUGUUUGAGAAGAUACUGUACCUAUCAAAUAGUUUGGCUUAGAGUAAGGACACUGUUAGACAGAAAAUCUAUUUGAAUUUAGGUAUUUCAUUUUAAUAGGUGAGUUUUUAACUAUCGCAAAUUUUGAAGGCCCAAAAUAUUUGGCUAGGCUGAUAUGGUUAACUAGAUCCCUAGUGGACUCUUUCAAAUCCUCUGUUUACUGGUUUAGAUGUACACAUUGUGGUUGUUGGUUGAACUCUUACCUGCAGGAAAACUACACCUUUGACCAAGGAGAAAGUGGUGGGGAUACGCAACACAUUUGACCACUGUGAUUCAACUUAAAUACACUUUAGAGUAAAAUGCUAUUUAUUUGUUAAAAAAUAUGUAUACAAUUUGACCUCACCUUUACUUCAAGUUCAUGGUAUUUACAUGAAACAUUAAACUGUUAGUUAAUAAUACUCUAUGCUUGAGUACAAAAACAUAUUUGUGGUAUUUGAGUAGAGUAGCUCUUCAUUGGACACCAGAUAGAAAUUGUGCUGUUACAUUAGCAGAUGCAACAUUACAAAACAAAUUACUCAAUACAGUGUAAAUCUACAAAACACAGUAGUACAAUUAAAAGUUGUCCUUAAAAUGCCAGUGUCAACAUGCAUAGCGGGUGCAAAACCCUGGUGAGAGUCAGUUGUAGUGAACUGUCCAUAUAGCCCCUCCCAGCUGGCUUAGCUCACAACAGUUAGGGGAUGCACUGAAGAGCUUUGAUAGCACUUUCUGAACUUUAACAAUGUGUUAUAAUCAUUUCACAGCUUUACUUUGUGUACAUGGUUUCUAGUUACUGCAGUAUGUUUACACAGUCUUACCUUGUUGUCUUUAAAGGGAUAAGACUAGCAGUUAGCAACAUUAGCUACUGCUACGUUAAGUAAACAGGGCUUGCCUCCUGGUUGACUGAACAUUUUUGACCAGCAUUUGGUAGUCAAGUGUAUUUAGGCUGUGUGAUAAAUUAACAUAUUUGUAUCAGGGCGAAUAAAAACUGAGCCCAUGUGAGCUAGCGUGAAAUCAAUAUGUUCAGAUCUCAAGCAAUACUCUCUCUGCAUGUGAUCUGUUCAGUGAGUGCUGGAUACUCCGCCAAACAGGUUCAUCCACAUUGGCGGAAGGUAAUUUAUGUAAGGUAAGAUAAAGGGACAGAGGGGAGGAAAGAUUGGGAGAGAGAAUGUAUUCUAAUGUUCAAACAAUAGCUUUGGUCAUUUAAACUGACUGGAGCAUGUCCUUGUGUGUUUAUGUGCAGGUCUUUAUCUUAUUUGUGUGUGUGUGUGUGUGUGUGUGUGUGUGUGUGUGUGCGUGUGUGUGAUAGGUGUGUCCAUUACGUAUUAGCACAGGGGGUGGCCCUAGCUAUUGCUUCAGGUGUGUUUGUGUGUGUUGGUCGAAGACGGGUGCAAAAUCUAGACGAUCGAAAGACAAAGACUCAGAAGCAGGUCAGCGGUGAAUAAUAAUCCAAGUAGAUAAAGGAAAAGUCAAGGCAGGUCAGAGAUAAUGUUUGCUCCUUUCUGGUGAAUAUUUCAAGGAAGAUCAAUGCUCUUUGCCUGCCUGGACUUGUCGAGUCAAAGGGUGAGCUCUCCCCGAUGAAAACAACAUGGUACUGUCCUCUGGACUUGUCCACUGUGUUGGAGGAGGAGGAGGAUGGAGUGAUAUACACGGUUGUGAUGAAACAACAGCAUGGCACCACCACCAGUCCAAUGUCCUCUGCCCCACGCUCCCAAUGUGUGAAAGCAGGAACAGAAGAGAAGCUAGUCCUACACCUUCUCCACUCCUUCUCUAUGGGAGACUCCUCCUUUAUUACCAUCUUUCUCUCCACCUAUCGCUCCUUCAUCACCACCAAGAGAGUGCUGGACAUCCUGACUGACAGAUUAGAGCAUCCACCAGGAGAAAGCACAAGAAGUCAGACCAGGCAAACUUUCAACAGAGCGGUGUGCAUGGUGUUUAACACUUGGCUUUCGGAGUACCCCGAGGAUUUCCUCUCUUUGGGGGAGCCCUCCCACCUGCUGCGCCUAGCCCCUCUCCUCCCCCAGGACUUUUCCGCCUCAGAUCUCCGCAGUCGCCUCCUCAAGAUUGCAGAGGAGCUCAGUGAGAAGGCUCUGCUUUCUGACAGCCAAACAGAUAAAACUAUCUCCCGGAUUCCCCCUCCUGACCCCUCCAAGUUUGAUGCCACCAACAUACUGGUGUUUCCAGCUGGGCUGAUUGCUGAGCAGCUUACAAAGAUAGAGACUGAGUUGUUUGUCCGUCUGGUUCCGUACCACUGCCUGGGUUCACUGUGGUCCCAAAGAGAUAAGAAGGGACGGGAGGGAGUGUGUUGGUCUGUUCGGGCCACGGUACGGCAGUUUAACAAGCUUGCCAAUACUGUGUCGGCGUCCUGCUUGUGGUCCACGCAGCUACGCAGCUGGCAGAGAGCUCGUGUCCUUGAGCAAUGGAUCAGUGUGGCGGAGGAGUGCCGAGCAAGGAAAAACUUUUCGUCCUUGUAUGCCAUUGUUUGUGCACUGCAGAGUAACCCCAUACACAGACUGAGGCGCACCUGGCUAGACACAGACAAGGAGACCGUGAGGAGAUACGAGGAGCUGUCAGACAUUUUCUCAGAGAAGGACAAUUUCUCCCACAGCAGAGAGCUGCUCAAAGAGGAGGGCACUUCGAAGUUUGCCAAUGUGGACAGCAAAAUGAACAACAGAAGACAUAUAGGGUCCAGUGCCCAGGGCACAGUGCCCUACUUGGGCAUCUUCCUGACUGACCUCACUAUGUUGGACACAGCAGUCAAAGACAAGCUAGAGAAUGGCUAUAUCAACUUUGACAAACGGAGACGUGAAUUUGAAGUUUUAGCUCAAAUUCGACUCCUCCAAUCUUCCUGUAAAAACUGUGUCUUCAUCUCUGACGACGCCUUCCUACAGUGGUACAACAGUGUUCCGACACUAACUGAAGAAGAAAGUUAUAGACUCUCCAAUAAGAUCGAAGCCCCAAGUGAACCUAGUCCAAGUCGUGGCCCUACCCCCACUGUCAUCGUCACUCAGUGCCCAGACUUAAGUUCCUCAAGAACCAGUCUGGCUGGUGACAGUGAAAGUAUGUUUGACUUUCCCUCUCCUGUCAAUCACUUACUGUCCAAGCUUGCAAAGCAUAUGAAAUCCCCUUCGGUUUCCUGUCUUGAUGUGGACUCCUCCCCUUCAUCUACUGAACCCACCCCCUCUGCUGCAUUGACCCCAUCACCUAACACUGUCAAAUCACAUCGUCGAUCCGUCUCCUGUGGCAACAAUCCCACCUAUAACCAUCAAGGGUCGGGGCCAGAUAUGCGAAUCAUCAGGAUACGGAUGGAUUUACAUGAUGGGAAUUUAUAUCGAAGCAUUAUGGUGUCAAGCAAUGACAAGACCCCCACUGUCAUCAGUUCUGCCCUUGAGAAGAACAAUCAGGACCGUAAAGAGGCCUCCAAAUAUGAGCUUAUUCAACUACUUCCUGAGGGAAAAGAGUUAGUUAUUCCUGCCACAGGAAACGUCUUCUACGCUAUGACUUCCUCAAGUGUGGACUUCCUACUUAGAAGAAAAGGGGGUACUACCCCAUUAAGCUCUCAUCCAAUAAGCACUGAGACCAGUGCCACCUUUCCUCGAAUCAAAGACAAGGGGCGGAGACUGGUCAGAACUCUUUUUUGACACAUGGUUCCAAACUCAAUGAAAUCCCGGACUUCACAAAGAUGUCUCUUUUAAAUGUGGCCUUGUCUCUCCUAGCCCUAAAUGACCUAUGCCUUUUUUACAAAAACAAUUUCACAUUCCAACUGAGCUUCUUCUACCAAAAUGUUCCGCUGAACGUAUCUCAACCUGUACAAUGACGUAAAGACAUUUCUAUCACGUGCUGACCACACCAGAAACCAUUUACUUGAUGUGGAGAGCAGGAUCAAUCUUGCUAGCUUGAAAUCCUUUCAGUAUCUAAGGACCAAUGGAAGGACCAAUGGAAAUCAUUGAGCGAUGGCAUUUGCAUCUCUUUUUCCUUGUCUAACCAAAUGGAUGUUAGUACAGCAACCAAGGCUUCCCCCUGUGUCGGUGAGGUACCUCAGGUUUUGUCUUAACAGAAGGAAUGAUAUUUGAGUUUAUUAGUUGAGUAAACAGAUCACAAAUUAAUCCAGAUUACGAUUAUUGCUUUAAUCUUGUAGUGUCUAGUGUAAUUUCUUUCAAUAUUGUGCAAAAGAUGGAUACUAUAAAUAUACAGUAUAUAUGCAAAAUGACAGACCUUCUAGAGAUGCAAGUGAUGUAAGGAUAUGUUAUCGUAGCAAAACCCUGGGACUCUCUCGUUGAACUACACUAUAUACGCUUUGUCAAUGUUGAUGUGCUGUGUAUGUGUAUAAUAUGGUGUCUUAAUUGUGUUUACAGUGGCAAGGAGUCAAGGCUCAAGGUAUCAUUUGUAGUUUAUAAAGUUACAUAAAAUUGCUUUAAGAAACAUAAAACAGCAAACAUUUCAAAUCAAGAUGUAGAAAAAGCAUGGUUAUUUCAGUAGCAUUUUGAAUUGACAUUCAUUGAUAAAUUGAUGACAUAGUGGUUGAAAUACUAAUUAUUUAUUUGGCGGCAUCUUGUAUUAUCUACACAAAGCACUCUAGCUGUGGACAUUGUAGAAUGUAACUUAAGGCAUAAUUACUGCUAAACAGAAAAGGAGUGUACUUAAAUCUAAUUUAAAUGUAUUAAAUUAGAUCUUCAAACAUUUUCUUGUAAGUACAUUGGAAGUGUACCUAAAAUUGACUUGAGUUUGACUGCUUUUAUUUCUUAUACUUUGUAAGUAUCUUUAAGUAUGGUAAGUUUUUUGGCUUGUGUGUAUAUACCUGGUAUACUGCCUAGCUACACCAUCAUUUCAAACAGAGACACUAAAGAAACUCCAAACUAGUAUGUGCCUUUUACAAAGACUAUGUUUAUUUUCUUUUAUCCACGUCAAACUGUUCAGUACCACACAAGCUGAACUUGGUGUACAGUUUCUAGAUAGGAAUAGCUGUCUUCAAAACCAGUAUGUGAAAUAGUAUUUAUUCUAUUUUUAUUCUACUCUUUUGUUUUUUAAGUGUAGAAAUAGACACGUUAUACAAUGUUCAACCUAAAGCCUGCAUGUAGAAGCCUACGUAAAAUGAUCUGCUCUCUUACAUGUCAUCUGAACCAAAUGAUUAUGUAUGACUGGUUAAGAGCUAAAGCCUACUUUUAACCAAAUGAUUAUGUAUGACAGGUUGAGAGCUAAAACCCAACUUCCACAAUUAAGGAAUAUUUGGGGUCAAUGUGUAAUGCAGACCUGUCAACUCAUUCGAGUCUCUAGUGCUGUUGAAAUCCCAGCUGGGACUGAGGCGUUCAUAUGGUGGCUCUAAAGGAGAGGAUUCUGGGGGAUCUGAGAUGAGGUGCUAGUAUCAGCUGAGAUGAUUGUGCCUUUCUCUUAGGGGAAUGCACCCCUUUCAUGUUUCGCAAUAUACAUGAUUAUGCAUGUUUUAAAUAACAUGUCAUGUUUAUGCACUACAUAUACGCUUGUUUUUUGUGUAAUAAAUGUACUUGUUAUAGAAGUGAA